CCUUGAGAUUUUGUGAAUUCCCAAUAAAUUUAUAGAUACUGAUGAAAAAAUACCAAUCUGGCAACCCUGCUCUAUUGCUUUUCAUCUUCGUCUUGGGGAAGGGGAACUUCUGAAUUAUUUUGGAUUUUUUGGGUGUAUUGUAAUUAUUCAGAUAAUUUUUUUCCAUAAAAAUGAUUGUUAAGCUCAACAACGGAUAAAAAGAGAUGAGAUAUCAAAAAUAAAUAAAUCCUAAAAAUUAGAUGAUGUUCAAAACUACGAAACACCGCCCUUCAAGAGCUUGAUGCUAAAAAUGGGUUGCAUUAGCAGCAGAAUAGAUAUCAAUGACAGACACCCAAAUAUCUUCCAAGUAACAAAUGUUGAUGACCAAGGCAAACCUAUUAGUCCUGGCAAGUUGCAAGUUACAGACAUUGAACUGGUAUUCUAUCAGAAGGGCAAAAAACCUACCAAGUGGCCCCUAAGGUCAUUAAGGAAGUAUGGCUUUGACACUGAGAUGUUCAGCUUUGAGUGUGGAAGGAGAUGCCCCACUGGUCAUGGAAUUUAUGCAUUCAAAUGCAAAAAAGCUGAACAGUUAUUCAAUAUUGUCCAUCGGUAUAUUACAGGUAAUGUGCCAAACGAAGACCCCACGGGCGUAGACCACGCCUCGAAUAGUCUACCACCUCAGCCGACAGCAAGACGACCCCCAUUCCAAACGACCGAGAGUGGGGGCUACUUGAACCCCUCUGGUGUUCCAGUUCCUGUGAUAUCACGGCCUACGCCAACGGGCCAACAGGCCAGUCGACCAGGCUCAGUUAGCAGUAGCAAUGGCCCAUUGAGCCCUAGCGAAGUCGUUAGUGUUGAACAUAAUAAUAACAAGAGGAAUAGUGUGGAACCUGCUUAUACUAACAGUGUUGUGAUUGAAAAUGGCCUGGCUACUCCCCUUUACGCAAAUCUAUCUGUAGAAGCAACCGAACCAGUUGGCCAUGUUUACAUGAACAUUGAAACGAAUAAUACCAAAGAUAUUACCAAAGAAGAUGAAGCAGAGCGAUGCUAUGCGAACAUCGAUACAAAAUACGUUGAAAUAUUGCGUCCAUCACCAGAUACUCAAUUAGGUAGCGCCCCAACGACACCAACGAUACUAUACGCUACGGAUCCAUCUGCAGAGCCCGUCCGCGAGGUCAACUAUGCUGAGCUCGAUCUUGACAACGGCGAGCCCUGCUCGCCUCCACCUGCCCUUAGCACUGGGGGCCCUGAAUCCAGCCCCAAGGUACCAAAGAAGAGCUACGCCAUGAUCGACUUCCAGAAGACGACAGCGCUCUCGCAUUCUAUAAACCCCAUGAUGACUGAGGAUGAAGGUAGCAGGAAAACCAGGCACAACUCGACGAUCAACUACAACGGCUUGGAGUGAAAACAUGAGAUACGUGUAUUGUGAUUUUUUUAUUUAGGGAUGUUUUACUCAAUAAGGUAGGUGUAUUUUCGGCCCUUAGUUGUAGGUGAAGUGGCUACAGAGCGAGCAACAUGCGCAGUACAAGAGGAAAAGAUUUGAUUGGUGUCAAAAAAUCAAAAGCAGAAAAGUAUAAUAAAUCCUAGGAGAUAACGCUAUAUACGGGAGGUCAACGUUAAAUAUUUCCAAAUGGAAAGAAAUUUAGGAAUCUAUAAUUGGCCACUAAAUGAAUCCACUAACGUUUCGACUACUGCAGUGGCUUUUUUAAAUGUAUAACUGAAAAUGAUAUAUGUUUAUCUGUCUUUGAUGAAACCACAGGAUAAGUUACAGGUAUUAAAUUAACCAAAAAAAUUUGUUGGAAUAAGCUAAGCUAUGUUUUUACUAGGUUGAAAUGCAGUGCUGACAAAUGGUUGAUACGGAAACUUGUUUAACAAAAGAAUUGUUGAUUUUUUUGUCACCGCGUAAUAUUACUUACUACUAUUUUAAUAUUAUUAAAAUAUUCCCCUAGAGGCCAAUUCUUGAAAAUGAAGGAAUAGAACAAUUAAUAAAAAGUGUACGUGUUUAUAUUUCUGAUCAGUCAUCAUUUGCUACGACGCUUUUCUUUAGAAAUUAUUUUUUUACUAAAUGGGAUGUUGAUAUCUCCACAACAGCGGAAUUUCUUCUUCGGCAUAAAGUGCCAUAGUAUUCUGUAAUAUGUCGCGGGACAUAAAGCGAUCCAUUUUCCUAGUUAUUUUCAGUAUCGGGCCCAUUCCAGGCCUGGAAAAACACCCCCAGAUCAUAACACUGCCACCACCAUGCUUUUCUUCUUACAAACGAUCUUCCAUCAGCACCAAAUAUUUUAAAUUUGCUUUCGUCACUCCAAAGCACCGUACCCUAGUUUUUAGGUGUCCAAUUUAAAUGUCUUUGAGCAAACUGAAGUCUGACAUUCGAUUCUUUUUGGACAGUAACGGUUUUUCCAAAAAACCCAACUUCACAUAGACGUCUUCUCACAGUACAGGCCGUUAUUCUGUCUUGAAAUAUUGACGAAUGUCUGCAUAUGCGGAUCAGCUAUCGAAAUUCUUUUAAUGGCCUUGUCAACUUGACAACUUUAAGUCGCAACUCUUCCGUCAAAUACUUAUUCUUGUCCAUUAUUAAUAGGGUGCUGGUUAUAGCAGUGGUACAUCAAAACUAAUCCAAUGAUGUUAAAUAUGCAACAAUGCUGAUACGAAAAAACUUUCCAUACAUUAUUCCAAGAAAUAAACAAAAAAAAAACGCAAUUAAGGUAGGAAUGUCUAUGGCAUAAAAAGUAAGCAUGUAAAAAUAUGUGAUAACUAAGCUGGCAUAAAAAAUGAACGACACAAUUUAUUGUUGUAUACGAGGCGAGCUGGAAAAAUGUUUGAAGUAAAAAUGUUUCCAUACUGUAACUGAUCUCUCCCCGGGUCAUUCUUGUCCAUCCCUAGAGACGAUUUUUACCAUGUGGUGAAACAUUUAAUGAUAUGAAAAUGAUUUGAACUCGGGAACAUUUUUUGACUUCUCAAUCGGUCUUGAAUACUUUUGAAAAAUUUGAAAAUAAAUACUUGUUCAAAGCCAAAGAGAGAUAAUGCCCCAAUCAGCACUCAAUCCUCAAAGAACUUCCAUAAAUGUGACCCUUAUAGGCCCGAUUUUGUUAUUGACCCGCGGGAGACAAAAUUUGUUACUGGGGAGUAAAUUCGAGUAAUCGGAAGUGGUUUUUGAGGUUAUGGGUGUAAUGAUCCUCUAAUGCCCGUAUUAAAUAAAAAUUAUUUGCUGCGCUCGUAUAUUUUCGAGCAGUAUAGUAUAUGUAACAACUUUUUUUGGUAAUUUCAGAUUUGUGACGUCACACGUCGCGUUCAGACAAACGAAAAUAUUUCUACAGGGCACAACUUUGAAAGUGUAUAACUUGUUUAUUUUUAGAGAUAAAUCGAUAAUUUUUUCACACUCUUGUUUCAUUUUUAUAAAGUUUUCAUUUCAACUGAUAAAAAAUGGUGAAAUUCUCUAUUCCUUAAUGAGGCACUGUAUACAGUUUUCAAUGAGUCAGAGCCAGGCAACCAUCAUGGUUACAUGGCAUCCAAUUAAGUGCACAUCUGCUAGUCAGACGUUCACUGGGUUAUUAUUUGAACAAACCUAUAUAAUGCCAAAACAAACUGACAAAAUGACAACUUGUUUACUAUACCCCUUUCGUAGUCCAUUUACUCCCAGACAAAACACAACACGCCCAAAAGGGAGAUUGUACAGGUCCGUGUUUUCCUCAAUGGUCUUGGAAUAAUCUAACAAAACAAAUCAUUAUUUUUAUAGACAGAAGUGCACAUCCUUUUCACAAUUCUUUAUUCGCUGAAGGUACUUGAACCCUCGUCCGAAUGGUUAAUAUUAAUUAUUACAGGUUCAAUUUGAAUAUCGAUCAUAUUGUCCAGAUCCUACAUUUUUGUUUCGUUUGUCGGCAAUGUUUCCAAUGGUUUGCCGCCACUCUGUUGAUAGCUUCUUAAAACAAACUUUUGAAGUCAGAAAGUUCUGCUUUGACUUUAUUUUCAUUGAAACUAUUUUGAUAGGAGCCAUUGUUGAAUUUCUGCCUUUCUUGUGGACAUUGUGGGAAUUUUUUCUAGUUUUCUAGUGUGGUAUGAAGUACAAUGACGGCAUUGUCGUCAAGCGUUUCUUCAAACCAUCUUUCAAAUGAACUCCCGUCCAUUUGUUCAUGGUAGUCGGGCGUUUUCUUUGACUCAAAUGCCCAUAGGGCAGUGGGCACAAAGCCAUCUUCACUCCCUCUGGCCUAGCUUGCCCCUUAAUUAUAUUAUGUAAUUUUUUUUAAAUUCUUGUUAUUUUUGGUUAUGGUGCUGUUCAUUGCACAACUGUUAGCCUGGCAAAUAACAUUGUGACUAUUAUAAGUUGAAGUGUUACCUACAUGUGCAAUUUGGUAAUCUCCAAUUUUAUCUGUCUUUUAUCUUCUAUUGUUAUAGCACGUUCUGGCUUGACUGUAUAUUCAGUAUCAAAAUUGGUUACCACUAAUGGUAUAUUUUUAAUGCCAGCAAUAUCUAUAUUUUGCAAAGUAACAAUAGGGUUGUUAAGGUUCAUCCUUUGUCUGUUUGUAACAUUUUUGCAUGUAGUUUCUAUUGUGACUUCCCAUAUUUCAGAUUCUCUUUUGUAGCCUGGGUACCUUGGUCCAAUGCCUUGCACCCACCAAUGAGUGUACACACAAGAUGUUUGGUGCCAGCAUCAUGUGUCACAAGUAAAUCCUUGUACACUCUUAAGUGCAACAUUGAACCUGUCUCCAAUUUUCUCUUUGUAACAUCCACCAUUCCAACACUCUCCCAUGUCCUCACAAUUAGAAUAUGAUGCCUUUUCACUGGUAUAAUACAUUAUAUUAUAUCUAUUUUUAACUCUUGAUUCUACUAAUUUUAUUUUAAAUAUUUCUCCUUCAUAAUCUUGUAGGCAUAUUAUUCCACCUGUUUUAGCUGUAAAUAAGCUGGCACUUACGUCAGUAGAUACACUGGCCUUACAGACUAGUCCUUUGCCUUGUAAGCAUAAAGUUUCAUCACAUCCUUCUGUCUGGGGCAACACACUAGUAGCAGCCAGUGCUAGAGUUCCUAAUGUUAGUAUUGGCGUUGGUGAUCUAGUCCUGUUACUUGUCACACUAUUUCUCCUGGUCGGUUCUUCUGCCACUCUAUUGAGGUAACUUGAUUUGGCCAUAUAUUGGAUGGAUAAUAGACUUUAUCUAUGAUAGAAUCAUCACUCCCAAAGUCGAAAAAUUCAUCUCCACUUAUAACAUAACUUGUUCCAGGAUUAUUUGUUUGUUCUCCAUCGUCUGAUAACUCUGCUUCAACAAUUUCAAUUUUAUUUUCAGGUAUAUUUGUUUAUGUACCAGGAUUUGUGGGCACUGCUCCAGUAUUUUGUAGAUCUUUAGUUAUUUUCAUAAUUUUUUUAACGCGAGAAGAAAACAUUUUUGAUGAGUGAACCCAAUACACAACUUCACUCGCUCGCAUUCGGUACACAAAUGACGGCGUAACAGGAUCAGACACGUUUGUUCGUAGGUCUCCAGAGACCUAUAACGCUCUCCACUAAUUAUUUUGAUAUGUCUGUGCGCUGUAGGUCUGCGGAGACCGAUAUAGUUUUUAUACAAGUUCUCACGAUCUUAUAGCUACAUGUCUCGCAUUUAUAACUUGUAUAUUAAGUGAAAUAUGCAUUCCGCACCAAAACGGAAAUUUGAAAAAACAGCUCCGUAUCAAAAUGAAGUUUGAUAACGGUCUCGGGAGACCGAUAUAGCACGUUAAUAAUGUUGAAAAUUGUCUUUCAAUAUCAUGAAUUUUCAUUUCAGGUUGCUCUAAAAUUUUGCUCUUAUAAAUGUGUUUUUUGUUUGGCUUUAGGACCAAGCCAUGCAGCCAGAAACUAGGUUGGUAUUGUAAAUAUCUAAUUAUGGACAAACACACGACGUCACAACAUCCAUGGCGAAGGCGAGAUUCGAACUCGCGGUCCGGCCGACACUGACCCACGCGGCCAGCCGAGGUCCCCUUAUAAAUGUUAAGGACCAUUUCUUUUACCUGAAUAUUCAAAUGUCCCCUCUUGUCACGUUUUCUGGGAGGAGACAUCACUGGAGAGGAAGCAUGGCUGAAGGAAGCAUUGGGAGAAAUAUUCUCAGUUUCAUCUGCUGUAUCCGUAGACGACAUGCGUAUAAACACACGCUAUGUGUGGACCGAAUAUGAACAGCAACUGCCGGCGAUACCCCGAGCCUGAGUUCUAUCCUGUCGAACGGUGCACUUGUUCGUAGUGUUAUGGCCGGAUGACCAAUAGCUAUUGCAACGCUUAGGCGGCUGCCGCUUUGCAUCUUUGUUGUGCCGGGGCGUAAAUGUACUACGAAUAGGGUAUAGGUAGCGGAUAGUGUGCAAAUACUUCAUUCCGCGCCUGCUACAAAUGCGCAUGAAGUGAACGACAUCUAGUUCUUGAUUGGCACCUUAUAGGAAAACCUACAUAAUAUCAUAAAAAGCUUCAUUACAUACAUAAUGUCACUUUUCAAGUUACGUAUUACCUCUGCUACCGAUCGAAUCUUUUUCAGUAUCAAGGCAUCUUGCUCGCGCUGUUCAGCCAAUAAAUUCGGUCUUUUUGUUGGUAUUGUACAAUGGUUUGAAUGGCACUAUUUUUAGUGUAGUUCGUCACAUAUCUCUUCAGGAGUUGAAAAUACACGGUAGGAUGUGCACAUACAGUGCUUUUCCAGGAGCUCCCCCGUACCUAUUUUUUUAACGGGUCAAGUAAGCAAGCCGUACUUCAUAACGCUGAAAUUGAUGCAUCGAUACUAUUUUAUCGUAAAAGUGGCUGUCGACAAUUUCAAGAUGGCGGCUUGGCGCCAUUUUUGAUUUUUUUUAAUUAAAAUGGGAGUUCGUCUGCUACCUCAUUUUACGAUUACUUUACAACCCUAGAAUAUAAAAUCACUAUUUUUCAAAGUGCGGACUAGCAGACUAUCAAAACUGAGCAAUUUUGUAAAUUAAAUGGACAAAUAGUAAAAAAAAAACGUUUUAGUAUGGGGGGCAUCUAAAUCUGCAAUAAAAUACGGGACAUUCAGUUUAAAAAUUAUUGAAAGAUUUUCAGAUUUUUUUUAAUGGAAUGCUCCAUAUUUCAUUACAUAUUCAGAUAGACUUCUCCACAAGAAGAAGAUUGAUAUGACAUACUAUAGCUUGACAGCUUGCCAUUUUUAAGAGUGGUGAUUUCCAUUAACAAAAUUGUUCCAAAAUGGAACUCGCCAUCUUGGAAUUUUCAACUGUCACUUUCAUGCUAAAAUAUAGUAUCCGUGCAUCAGUAUCAUUACCCCCAAAUUUCAUCUUGCCAGUUUGACUCGCUCAAAAAAUUAGUAGAGGAAGACUUUUUUCAAAAACACUACAUGUUGUAUGUAUAUCAUACUGUAUACCAAUUCAUGGAACUUGGAUUCAUCCAAAUAAGGAGGGGAACCCUCAAUUAGUGAUUGGAUACGCACUAGGUCUUCAGUUUUAUCUAAAAACACCUUUUGCAAUGCAAACAUUUUUGUGUAUGUUGGAAUUUAUCACUAGAGUCUCCAUUACGUCAUACGUGACACCAAAUAACAGACGAUUAUGUAGUAACAUUUCAAAAUACCCCAUAUUGACAAGUAACAUACAAUUCUGAUGGAUCUGACGCUAGAUCUUUAGACAGAGUCGUAUUUAGUGUGGUCUUUUGAGCGCUAUAGAUUCAUGUUUACGGUUUUAUUUAAAAAAAGUUCCUCCGCACAUAAGAAAAAACGCUACAAUGCAAAACGGCUGCUAAUCAUUAUGACAUUUGACAUUAUGACAAGUCAGGAAAUUAUCACAUAGCUUUAACUUUUAAGACCGUACGCGGAAUGUUAUACGAUUUAGUUAAGCAGCAACAUAUGCUUGAAAUUUAAUUUUAUUCUAAACACAAAUUGCUUAUUUGACCAAUCGUUGGUGUAUUUGCUCUCCGCCUUAGCACCCGCUCAGCAACAAUAGAGAAAGGUAUACCCUAUUUCACGAGUAUCCAUCACGGUAAAAUGACAGCUGAUUUUCUAGUAAUAUUUCAAAAUUCCCCAUAUCGGCAAAGAACACAUAAUUCUGACGGAUCCGUCAAUGCCAGGUAGACAGAGCUAUAUUGUUUUGGUUUUUUUGUACGUUACAAAUUCAUGUUGUAUUUGCUAGAAGCUCAUUUAUUUAGAAAAAAUCAUUUGCAUACAAAAAACAAACCAGUUUUACUAGAGUUACACCCGAUUAAUUAUUGUCAACGUCGCAGACUAACAAAAAUCUCACUAGCCGAGGUGAACAGCUGAUCAGUAAGUGACAUUUUUGUGUUAAUCUGCGACGUUGGCAAUAAUGAAUCGGGUGUAAAUCUAGUAAAACGUUUGCUGCGGCGUUUUGUUUUUUGUAUGCAAAUGAACCUUUCUACAUAAAAGAGCUGUUAGCAAGUACAAAAUGAAUGUGUAACGUGCAGAAAACCAAAACAAAAUACAGCUCUGUCUACCUGGCGUUGACGGAUCCGCCAGAGUUAUGUGUACUGUGCCGAUAUGGAGAAUUUUGAGAUAUUACUAGAUAAGCGGCUGUCAUUCUACCGUGAUGGAUACUCGUGAAAUAGGGUAUAUAUGCUUCAAAUUUAAUCUAACCUCAAAUUGCUCAUUUGACCAAUCAUUGCUCUGUAUAUAACUCCCCCCUCUUAAUAUGUACAUGCCUGAGGUAUCGUCAUCAGUAUUGCGACAAAUAUGAUAAUGAGACUACUAAAAUAUAAUUGGUUUAAAGGUACAAACCCUCUUUAUGCCACCUUGAGUAUACAAUAUCAAAUGAAUUUCUUUGAAGCCUAAUAACUUGCAAAAAUAAUUUUUCGUAUAGCUUUUAAAAAUGUGAUUUGCCAUUUGAAGUGAUGCCACACACUCAUCAUGAAAGCCUUGAUUAUAUAAAAUGCAACGAAACUCAUGACAUUACAUGCUGAGUUUGAACACGUUUAAGGAUGCCCGUUAAUUUGCUCAAAAAGAUAUAUAAUUCAUAUAUUGCUCGGGUAGUUUCAUUAGCUAAAUAGAUAUAGUUUGAUCUCAUGUGUACAUUGUUAAAUAAGUAUGGACAUUUAUUUGUGUUCAGGUCAUAAGAACAGCAUGAAGUUUUAUUUAGUGUGAAUUCUGAAUGAUCUGUUUCAGAUUAUUUGCUUGUAUGGGCAAAACGCAAAUAUUUUGUUUUAGUCAAAUUAUAUAGCUAAAUUUAUAUCCCAAGAAGUUAUUUUAAUAUAAAUAAUAAUAAUUAAACUCGUUCCAAAGAUAUGUUGAUGUUAUUAAACGAAGACUUACUUUACCUACUUUGACGAAAAACAAUUUUUUUAAACGGAGAGACCUCAAAUAUUUUUUAGCCUGGUAUCAUUGGAACUGUUGAAGCAUUUUGUUACGUAUUUUAUUGAUACUUCUCGUAAAUGUUAUAUUGGUAGUAUAAAAUUACUCUUUUUACAGUUGUAAUGUUAGGUGUACAGUUUAGCUUUUUUUUAUUUACAAAGUAUUGUGAACAAAUUAUUAGUUUUCUCUGUAAAAUAUAGAAAUGUGUCAAGUUUUGCUCAGUUUCACAAUAAAAAAUCAAGCUUGAUGUGCAAUAUUUUUAGUACUUGCUGUUUAUAUAAAAUAUUACGUUUCUUAACGUCAUAUUCAAUAUUUUCAAAAUAUUUUGAUAUGCUUGUUUAUUGGAAGUGCUUAUGUAAGAUGAUAUGGCUUCAAAAGAUACGAUAAUUUUUUUGCUUAUAUGCUAGGUUAUUUUUGCCAUCUAGUAUAACUUGAGAAACUGUUAAUUUUAAAUUGAAGAUUAGCAUAACAUUAAUGAUUUUGCAUACUGACAUAAAUAAAUAAAUUCUUCACUAUUCAGGAUUUUCCAGAAUAUAUGACAAAUCUCUUGGAAUUAGAUAUAUAUAUCAAAAUAUGAUCUACUGUUUAUGUAAGAAAGGUUUUUCAUAUAAAUUACAUUUUUUUGUGUUCUAUUAGAAUCAAAGAUUUUGCUCAUAUGUUCUGAACCCCCUGAAUACCUAGCUACUGCUUGCAGAACUCAAAAACCCCUGUAUAUACUUAUGAGAGUACAAAGUACUAUGAGGCAGAAAUAUUUCAGAAUGCCCAACUUAUUGAGUAUAAUGUACAAAGGAUGAAGUACUUGAGCAAUUAAAUGUUUAUGACAAAGUAUGCCAAAGAUAUUGUUUUGUUGGAAGUGAUAAGUGUGUAUUUCAAGCCAAAUAUGAUAUGCCAACUAUGUUUUACCAAAGAUAUUUUUUUUAAACAGAACAUGUAAAGUAUCUGUUCAUUGUGUAGUAUAUGAAAUAUUUUUAUUAUACAGUUGUGCUGCUAUUAUAAGAGUAGUUGGAACAUAAAUAUUGUAUUUAAUUUUUAAUAAAG